AGACAUCAGAGAUUCCCAGACUUCUCAAACACCCGCCCUCUCCCCUCCUCCUCCUCCUCCUCCUCCUCUGUUUCAUCUCCCUAGCUUUGAGGUUUCAGCACAGCUUCUCUAACUUCUAGUGCAGUACAAGGAUAUAUUGCCUGUGUGUGAUGAAGGGAAUGAUGAUGGGUGUUGUUGUUUGGGGGAAGAGGAGCUGACAGACAAAAAUCUCAAGAAUCAAGUGGACAGGUAGUGGGCCCAUACUCUCUCUGUGUGUGUGGCUAGGAGGAGAUUCUUCUCAAAGAGGAGGAAUAACUCCUGCUGAUGAUGAUGGUGAUGGUGAUAAAACCAUACUCCUCCUUUUCAUGUGGAUGGGGUUCUUAUAGGAGGGAUUAAGGCGCGCGCGCACACACACACAGACACACACACAGACACAGACGCAGACACUGCUCCUCUGUCAAAAAUCUUUACUUGGUGGUGAUGUGUGAGGUUUGUCAGAUUUCUUGUUCUGAGACAAAUUCCUCCAGCUCAGAGAGAGAGAGAGAGAGAGAGAGAUCCCAUUACUCUUACAGCAGAAAUUGCUAAACAAUUUUAUUGACGAUGAUGUUUCUCCGGCCCAGACAGAUCGGGACCUCGGACGAGGGCUUCAGUAAUCCUCCCAGGAAGUUCCUCUACUUGUUCUUCAUCUUCACCGGGCUUCCUUGUUUUGGGUCCUGACAGAUACGUGUUUUUUGUGGCCGUUUAGUAUCAAUUGUUUGUAGAAGGAAAGUCGGUGAUUUGAGCCAGAGUUGAUUGCACAUAGAUGGAAGAUGGUCCAUUCAAUACUAACGUUUCGGGGCUCUCAGACUUGACCAUGGAUUUGGAUUUGAUGGAUGAGCUGUUGUUGGAAGGGUGUUGGCUGGAAACAACUGAUGCUUUUGACCUUCUAAAGUGGGGUUCUCCGGCUCCUGAUACUCUAAAUUACUCUUUGGAUAAUCUACCAUCUCAGGAGAUUAACGAACGUUUGGUAAGUUACAGCAGCUCAUUCCAGCAGACCAUCCAAGAGGACGAAUCUAAGAGAGACCUCUCGGAGAACCUGAACAUCGGAGGAGUUGAUGAAACGCAAGCUGAAGGUGAGGGAAGCGAAGUGGGCCGGAGAUGGUGGAUUGCUCCGAGCGUGAGCUCUGGUCCUUACUCAGUCAAACAGAGAUUGAUGCAGGCAAUUCGGUACUUGAAUGAGUGCACGAAAGAUAAAGAUGUUCUGAUUCAACUCUGGGUGCCUGUGAAGAGCGGGGAUAGGAAUGUCCUGACAACUACUGACCAACCCUACACGCUCGAUUCGAACAGCGAAAGCCUUCAGAACUACCGGAGCGUGUCUGAAGCCUAUCAGUUCCCGGCCGACGAGGAUGCAAAGGAAUAUAUUGGGAUGCCCGGCCGUGUUUUCCUAGGCAAGUUGCCUGAAUGGACUCCUGAUGUACGGUUCUUCAGGACCGAGGAGUACCCCCGUGUCAGCUAUGCCCUGCAAUGCGAUGUUCGCGGGUCCCUUGCGCUGCCAGUCUUCGAACGGGGCAGCGGAACCUGCCUGGGUGUGGUGGAGAUUGUGUCAACCUCUCAGAAGAUCAAUUACGAACCCGAACUUGAGAACGUCUGCAGAGCUCUUGAGGCUGUUGAUCUCAGAAGUUCUCCAAGCUUCAGCUCACCCAGUGUGAAGGCCUGCAAUCAGUUUUAUCAAGCUGCCUUGCCGCAAAUACGGGAGCAUUUGACCUCCAUUUGCAAAGCUUACAGAUUGCCUCUUGCUCUGACGUGGGCAUCUUGCAUCCAGCAAGGUAAAGAAGGGCGCCGACACUCGAGCGAGAACUACAAUCUAUGUGUCUCCACCGUUGAUUUCGCUUGCUUCGUGGCCGAUGAAAGGUACUCAGGCUUCCACAAGGCUUGUUCUGAGCAUCACUUGUUGAGAGGCCAAGGGAUUGUUGGGAGAGCCUUCAUGACCAACAGGUCAUGCUUCGCUGCGGACGUAACUGCCUUUAGCAGGAAAGAGUACCCUCUCUCUCACCAUGCGAGAAUGUUUGAGUUGCAAUGUGCUGUUGCAACUCCUCUAAUGAUUACUUCUAGGGACUCGCCGGACUUUGUGUUGGAGUUCUUCUUGCCGAAAGAUUGUAAAGAUGAAGACGAACAGAAUCGGGUGUCGACUUCGCUGUCAAGUUUUGUGCUGAGGGCAUUUGAGAACUCACAGAUUGUGUCCUCAGCAAGAGAUGAGAAUUGUAAGAAAGAAGAGACGAAGAAAGUCCCAUCCUUUGUGUCAAGAGAAGGGUCUGAGGAGAAGGGGUUGUGGAUCUCAAAUAUGAUGGAUGCCCAACAGAAGGGUAAAGGAGUCGGCGUCUCAUUGGACUAUCAUAAGAAGCCCAAAGAAGAGUUUAAGGUGACGAAUGAAUGGGAAGAAACUCAGGUAGAAGUUCACCAUAACUUUGAGUCUAAGCCUGGUAGUGAAGCUGGUGACGAUAAUUCCAUUGGUGUGAGUGACCUGGUGGGUGGAAGAAAGCUGGUCCAAACGAGACGUGCGAGGACUGAGAAGACGAUCAGCUUACAGCUUCUUCGCCAGUACUUUGCUGGGAGCCUUAAGGAUGCAGCAAAAAGCCUUGGAGUGUGCCCUACAACUCUGAAACGGAUCUGCAGACAACACGGGAUCACCCGGUGGCCUUCCCGGAAGAUCAAGAAAGUGGGGCACUCCUUGAGGAAACUCCAACUUGUGAUGGACUCGGUUCAAGGAGCUGAGGGUACUAUUCCGAUCGGUUCGUUCUAUAAAAGCUUCCCAGAACUCAAAUGUUCUACAAAUGAAGGCUUGAAGCAAUCAAACCAGCCCGAGAAUCUAUGUGAGUCUACUGGGUUGAAAUCAUCUCCAUCCUCUUCAUGCAGUCAGAGCUCCAGCUCAACUACUUCUUGCUCGAGUGGAACAAAGCAGGAGUUAACUGGCACGAAUACCCGAAGUUGUGGAGAUUCUGUUAUGUUGGAAGACCCGACUGGGAUCCUGAAGAGAGUUCGGAGCGACGCAGAGCUACAUGUUUCCACUCAAGAGGAACCGAAGCUCCUUAAAAGGUCGCAGAGCCAGAAGACACUGGACGAGAAUCUGAGUCUCAAGAGGCUACCUCCUCUACUGAAUUCCAAUGGCCCAAAUUCUCGAGGUGGGAGCAUAUAUAGAGUAAAAGCCAUGUUCGGAGACGAAAAAAUCCGUUUCAGCUUGCAGCCCAAGUGGGGAUUUCGAGAUUUGCAGCUCGAGGUAGCAAAGAGAUUUGGGAUAGAUGAUGUUAGUGGGAUCGAUCUCAAAUACUUGGAUGAUGAUCACGAGUGGGUGCUACUGACAUGCGAUGCAGACCUCGAGGAGUGCGUGGACGUGUACAAAAUGUCUCAGGUUCGGACAAUUCGGAUAGCUCUCCACCGUGUAGACCAAUCAAACAUCAGAUAUUCUUUCGGUAGCAUCUAGCUUUGUCAAAACCACGACCGUCUUAUGCGAGGAAACAUGGUGUUCGGGUUCGUGGCCAGAUUGUACAUGUAGGGAUGCUACAGAGUAUCCGUGUUUGUUAGGGAGAAAGUUAUAUGUGAAAUCAGUAGAUAGGUCAAAAUCAGUUUCAGGUAAUGUUUUUCAAAUUAUCUGUUUUGCUGUAGAAAGCUGAGAACGUUAGUGUAAAUUGCUGUUCCCGAAUGUUGAAUCUCGUGAAACAAUAAAAUUGGGGCCGUUCUCAGAA